GCUUAGGUCCCAGCUCUUGUUCCACGAUGAAUUCCCGGUUUAGUCCCAGUUGGAGUCCAAACUCAAGUCCCAGCUGUAGUCUCAGCUCGAGUCCCAGCUCUAGUCCCAGUUCGUGUCCCAGUUCGAAACCCAGCUCAAGUCCCAGUUCGAAACCUAGUCAAGUUUCAGCUCAAGACCCAAGUCGUGUCAGUUCGAGACCCAGUUCGAGACCCAGCUCGAGACCCAGUUCGAAACCCAGUUCAAGACCCAGCUCGAGACCCAGUUCGAGGCCCAGUUCGAGUGCCAGUUCGAGACCCAGUACGAGACCCAGUUCAAGACCCAGCUCGAGCCCUAGGUCGAGACCAAGCUCGAGACCCAGUUCGAGUCCCAGUUCAAAUUGCCACUCUAGUUCCAGUUCAUGUCCCAGCUCUGAUCCCAGUUCGAGUCCCAGCUUGAGUCCCAGCUUUGGUACCAGCUCUAGUCUCAGUUCGAGUUCCAGUUCUAGUCCCAGCUCAAGUCCCAGUUUGAGUCCCAGUCCAAGUCCCACCUCUGGUCCCAGCUCUAGUUCCUGUUUGAGUCCCAGCUCUAAUUCCAGUCUAAGUCUCAGCUCUAAUUCCAGUUCGAGUCCCAGCUGGAGUCCCAGUUGGAGUCCUAGCCCGAGACCCAGCUCUAGUAUAAGCUUCUGGUCCCAGUUUUAGUUCCAGUUUGAGUCCCAGUUGGAGUUCCAACUCUAGUCCCCGCUCGAGUCCCAGCUCGAGACCCAGCUCUAGUAUACGUUCUGG